CUCUAUACUCUCCUAUUUACCAAACCCUAAUUCUCCUCUCUUCAUCCCUUUUUCUCAAAUUCUCCUCUCUUCUUCAACAACAAAAACACAAAAACUCCUCAAUUUUUCCCAUCAAAAUAAAAACCUAAACGCAAGAGAGAGAGAGAACAACAAUUUGUUGAUCGUCCGUGGGGGUUGUCAUGAGCGGCGGUGGAAACACAAUCACCGCCGUGGGAGGUGGUGGUUGUGGUGGAGGAAGUAGUGUUGGUGGUGGAGGAGGAAGUAGUGGCGGUGGUGGUGGUGGGCCAUGUGGUGCUUGCAAGUUCCUAAGGAGAAAGUGUGUUCCGGGUUGCAUAUUCGCACCAUACUUCGACUCGGAGCAAGGCUCGGCUUAUUUUGCGGCGGUCCAUAAAGUGUUUGGAGCCAGCAACGUCUCGAAGCUUCUCUUACACAUACCGGUGCAUCGACGGUCCGAUGCAGUUGUAACCAUUUGCUAUGAAGCUCAGGCUCGGAUAAGGGACCCUAUCUAUGGUUGCGUCGCUCACAUCUUUGCUCUUCAGCAACAGGUGGUGAAUCUACAGGCAGAAGUUUCUUACUUACAAGCCCAUUUGGCAUCCCUAGAGCUACCUCAACCGCAAACGCGACCAGCGCCUCUACCGCAAACGCAACAACAAGCACUCUUCUUCACUCCUACUCCACCUCUUUCCAUAACCGAUUUACCUUCAUCAGUCUCACCAUUACCCUCGACGUACGAUUUAGCCUCUAUCUUUGAUCAAACGACGUCGUCUUCGUCGUGGGCUACACAACAACGAAGAUUUGUUGAUCCACGUCAACAAUACGGUGGAUCAUCGUCAUCUUCCCCCGCCGCCGUGGGGCUCGGUGGUGGAAACAGUGACCUCCAAGCAUUAGCACAUGAGCUCCUACAUAGACAAGGAUCUCCUCCGCCGGCAGCCACCGACGACUCGCCGUCUCGGUCCAUGUCUAGAUGAGUUUGGCUUUGAUCGAUAUAUCUCCCUUUGUUAUUAGGAAAAUUAAAUUACUACUCAAUAAAAUUUAAUUUUCUUGGAUUAUUAUAAAGACUUUUGAUCAAAACAAUUCUGACAUUUACCUUGUAUCAAUACAGUAUUUUGUCUUCUUGUAUUAAUACAUUUACAUUGUAUUAAUACAUAGUACAUACAUAU